AUGUCGUACCAAACUGAGGUGAUCAGCUCCCAGCCACAGAUGACCGUCACCAGCUAUAAAAUCACCACCGGCUCCUCAACGUGGAACACCGAUGUGUGCGACUGUUUUGAUGACUGUGGCAUCUGUCUGUGUGGGACGUUCCUCCCCUGCUGCCUGGGCUGUAAGGUGGCCCAGGACCACGGCGAGAGCUGCUGCGUCCCCUUCCUGCCCGGUGGCCUGGUCGCUCUGAGGACCAGCAUCCGCAACCAAUACGGCAUCAGCGGCUCUAUCUGUGAUGACUGGAUAGUCAUGGUCUGCUGUCUUCAUUGUGGACUUUGCCAACUGGGCAGGGAGCAGAAGACAAGAGGCUGAGCAAGAUUGUGGUAGAAGAUUCCCAAAUCUCACAAGACAAAAAACACAAAGUCAUACAUACAUGAUACAAUUGAAAUGGUGGAUUAAUCUAAAUGAAUACAUGCUUAAUGAAAUUAUAAUUUGUACAAUUUUGUUUCUUUGAAACUAAAGUUGGCAGCAUAUUUGAAACAAAAAAACAAGGGUAAAAAGAGAUGAGCGAAAAAUGAUCUCAUGAAACACUAUUUUCUGUGUUUAUUUGUAAUUAUUAUUAAGGCCAGCUGCCUUGUUAUGGUUAUACUCAGGCAUUUAUAUGCAUAGUUAAUAAAUAGGAUAUUCCUGUCAUAGAGCAGCAUGUUGUUACUUUUUAUAGAGAAAAUUAUUCUAAAAUGAUCUAUUCUACCCUCUGUUAUUUGUUUUAUGUCCACCAACACAUACUGUCUUUUGUUUACCGAACAUUUAAGUUGAAGCACUUGAUGAGACAGCUGUCCAUAUAAUUUUAAUUUAAACGUUUGUAUUUCAAAUAUGUAUGGCAUUUAGUAUUAAACUUAUUCCUGAGUAUUUAUAGAUUAAUCAGUAAAUUAGCAGCCAAUGGUUACUUUUUUAACUUUAUAGUGUUUACAGGAGAUGUAAACUGUAGCCUAUAUGUGUGAAAUACAUUUCACAGUUAUGAUUGUAUCAAUAAAAUAUUGCA